UUAGGUCUAGGAUGCUGAAGCUACUGUUCCUCACUUUUCUUGUUCUAGCAUUGCAAGCACUUGUUGCUGCAGAAACUCCUACAAAUGAUGAAAUAGCUUCCUUUAUUCCGUUGGGGAACUUGGAAAAUCGUUCAGCAAGAGUUUUACGGGAUGCCAAGACAUCAAGCGAAGAUAGCACAAAUACAGAGAAGAAGAAAAACAAGAAGAAGGAGAAGAAGAGGCAAUACAAGAAAAGCAAAAAAGCAAAAAAGGCCAAGAAAAAUCUUAAAAAGCGAAAAAGUGGACAGUUAAAAAAAUCAAGAAAACAAAAAUCUCUAAAGGAAAAUAAUUCAAGGCAGGCUGGCUGCACUUCAGAUGAAGCGUGUCUUACAGCAGUUGUAAAAUUUAUGAAAAUAGCCACGGAUAAAGUAGGGAAUUAUGUGAGACAGAAGAGCAGAAUUGAAAAAUAUCAGAAGCUGGCAAUCAGCAAGGGAUCUAAAAAGUCUGAGUUCAGUCCCCUUCUGGUUAAACUGAAAGAGAUUGGUGGGGGUAAUUUCAGUGCCCUUACUUGCGGUGGAAGCACUACAUCUCCAGCUGCUCAACGAUUGCAAUUAUUAGCUCAGAGUUUAGCUGCUUGUGAAGCUAAUAUUCAGCAAGCUUGUGUUUCCAGUGUGCCUUCCUUUGAUGCAACUGCUGCUACCUCAUGCAUGGCUGAUAUGGACGCAUUUAAUGCAGCAAUAGCCUUAUGUUUUACAUCAACCUCAGCAUGUACAUGUUGGAACGAUGCUAAUCUAGAAACCCUAGCUAAUAAGUUAACAGCAUGUAACCUUGCAACAUCAAAUAAUGAGUUUACAAAGACCAAAAAUACAUGUACUAGUGCCUUUGGUGCUUGUAGAUCCCUACAGGACGAGGCAUCACAAGCUAUUGAUAAUUGUCAGAAAUCAGUUGCUGCAGUUGAAGCUAAAAUAGCUUCCGUUACCAAAACUAAAGACGCUUUAGUUUCCCUGAAAGCUGGAGCAACUGCCAUAGCUAACCAAGCACGUCAAUCUAGAACCUUACGAAGCAUAAUGAGCAAGGCAAUUUCUUGUUCUGACUAUGUGUCAUCUAUAAAGACUGCUGUGAUUAAUGCAGAAAUAAACCCAUCUUCGGCAGAUUCCAGUACAGCAAUAACUGCUUUGGUCAAUCAAAAUGUUGCUGGUUGUACUGCAGAUGAAAAAACUAGUCUGAAAUCUUUAUUAACAACUAUGGAUUCCACUAUUGCAAAAAUUGAUGGUUAUCUUAAUGCUCUCAAAAGUGAUUUAGUAGCUUUGAACACUGUCCCUACCACUACACCAUCCACAGCAGCAGUCACUGUAACAUCAAACACAAGUAAUUCAGGAGCAACAGGUCAAGUUAAUUGUUCUCAAACUAAACUAUUUGAAGCUUUCAUGGUGGUGGACUUUUGUUUGGGUUUAAACUUUCAGAAAGAAAUGUUUAAUGGAAGACCUGAUGAUAUAAAUGGUAUGGUGAGAAUAAGAUUUUAGAUAACCAUACAAAAUAACCUCUUUCCCUUAUUGCUCUUGUUCUUGGAGUAAAGAAAAAGAUGACAUUUAAAGCCAGGCAGUCUACUCGACUCAAGUCCAAUAUCUAGCAUUGUGUAUCUUUGAUAUCUCUCCCUCGAAUAUUCUACAAGCCUGCUCCUGGAGCUGAGCACUGCAGCAAAACAGAGAUAUGGUUUCUAACAUGUCUGAGAUGAAUGUGAAUUUAGAGAAUUUAUACAUUGUUAUUUUAUCUCUUAUGUUUUAAUUAAUAAAGAUGCAUAUACUUAA